AUGGCCCAACAGUUCGACAGUCGUCUUGACAUGCGGGUACCGGGUGCCCAUGCUCGUCGCGGAGCAAAAUUCGCGCGCUCACUGAGCGCAUCACCCACGUCGGGGACGGUGGGCGUCGAGACGUCGGUUCCCAGCAUCACCGCUCGCUCGCACGGGGACGAGCUCACAAAGGGGGAGAAGGCGGGUGUGGUCGUGUGUGUAAUUCUAUUCUUUGCCAUCCUCGGCCUCGUUGCAUGGAGGGUAGGCAAGUGGCGCCGUCGGAAGGCCCUCAUGAAGGCAGCGUCCGCCCAUGUCAACGUCUCGUUUGCUGACCAGAAGCACGGCGAGAAGACGGCCUUCUACAUCGACUUCGACAAGGUCGGCCAGCAGAUGGAGAAGCCGCCGAUGAAGGUGACCAUGCCCACCACGCCCGCUGCGAGCAUGAAGCGGACGUCGACAAAGGGACCGUGGACGCACAUCAUCCCCGGUGCGCUGCCCUCAGGAAAGAACAACUACCUUUUCGCCCAGAUCUCGGCACGCCCACGUGACGAACCAUUCAGCGAUUCUCCUCCACCCUCGUACGUCGCAGCAAGUAGUGCGAAACGUGUGGGUCCGCCUACACUCGCCAUUCCUCCCAGGCCAGACUCUGCCAACGCCGUGGUUCCGAGCCCCCGCUCAUCCUCGUUCGGACCAGACUCCCCUCUGUACAAGACGCCCGGCAAGGACUUGAAACACAAAUCUUUCCUCGGCAGCAAGCCCCUGCCGCGCGUCAUGUUUGUGCAGAGCACCUUCAAGCCUUCCCUCGCGGAUGAGCUUCCCAUCAAGGUCGGCGAGAAGCUCAAGAUGCUGGAGGAGUACGAGGACGAGUGGUGCCUUGUCCAGCGCAUUGGGGGCGACGUGCAGAAGGGUGUCGUCCCGCGCUUCUGCCUCCGCGAGCAGUCAUGA